AUGGAUGACUUGAUUGAGAUUGCAGUUGGAUUCAUGUGUGAGGUUGGCAUGUUUCUGGCAGAAAACUCUCUGGAAGCAAAUGCACUUGUUUUUGACUAUUUCCAUGAUGUUCUCAAUGAGGGGACCAUCAGUCAUCACAUACAAUAUAUAAUAGAGGUGCUUAUGCAGGUCUGGAAAGACAAGUAUAAGGACAACCCAAUCAUACCAGAUGGGUUGGACCUCAUAAAGGAAGAGGAGCAAAUUAUGCACCACAUAUGCCUUGAAGAGGAGUUGCAGGCACAAGAAGGGCUCAAUAUUCUCAAGUUCGACCCCAAUUACACAGAGAACGAGGAAAAGUACAAAGCAAUAAAAGCUGAGAUUCUUGGAGAGGGCUCUGAAAAUGAAUCUGGUCCAGAGGAGUCAAGCAAGGAAGAAGAGCAAGGAACAUGA